GACUGGAAAUCGAAGUGUAAACUCGCUCUUUCUCUUUGUGCUGGACAAGGUGGCCGCGACUUUACUAGUGACUUGGAAAGUUUCUGUUAAGUUCUCGGACACCAUUGUCUGUAGCAGUGGUCCUAACCCUCACCUCCUUAAAACACAUACACCCACACCUCAAACUUGACUGUAUCCAGGAGGUAGACUAUCACCAAGCUUCAGUUUCACAGAGGAAAAGAGGAACUCAUUUCCAUACUGUGGAUUUCACCUUAACGCCAACAUCAUGUCUGGUUCUAAUGAUGCCAAAGACAAUUCCCACAACAAGGCUCGGACAUCUCCUUACCCAGGUUCGAAAGUUGAACGGAGUCAGGUUCCUAAUGAGAAGGUGGGCUGGCUUGUUGAGUGGCAAGACUAUAACCCAGUGGAGUACACUGCAGUCUCUGUCUUGGCUGGCCCCAGGUGGGCGGAUCCUCAGAUCAGUGAAAGCAACUUUUCUCCCAAAUUCAAUGAAAAGGAUGGGCACGUGGAGAGAAAGAGCCAGAACGGCCUGUACGAGAUUGAGAAUGGAAGACCCAGAAAUCCUGCAGGAAGGACAGGACUGGUCGGCCGGGGUCUUUUGGGGAGAUGGGGCCCAAAUCACGCUGCAGAUCCCAUUAUAACCAGGUGGAAAAGGGAUGACAGUGGUAAUAAAAUCACACAUCCUGUCUCCGGGAAAUGCAUCUUACAGUUCGUUGCAAUAAAAAGGAAAGAUUGUGGAGAGUGGGCAAUCCCGGGGGGGAUGGUAGACCCUGGGGAGAAGAUCAGUGCCACACUGAAGCGGGAGUUUGGAGAGGAAGCCCUGAACUCCUUACAGAAGUCCAGUGCUGAGAAGAGAGAGAUCGAGGAGAAGCUGCACGCGCUCUUCAGCCAGGAGCAUCUCGUGAUAUAUAAGGGGUAUGUUGACGAUCCUCGGAACACUGAUAAUGCGUGGAUGGAGACCGAGGCUGUGAACUACCACGAUGAGACAGGGGAAACCAUGGACAGCCUCACCCUGGAGGCCGGGGACGACGCUGGAAAGGUGAGGUGGGUUGACAUCAGUGAUCAGCUCAAGCUUUAUGCCAGCCACUCCCAGUUCAUCAAACUCGUGGCCGAGAAGAGGGAUGCGCACUGGAGUGAGGACCCUGCCGCGGACAGCCGUGGGCUGUAGCUCGUCCCCGUAAGCCAGGGCCACCUGGGAGUGCUGCAGCCAGCAGGGACGCAGAACUGACUCCACAGAGGACACUCGGGAAGGUCUGCAACCAGGUAAAACGAGCGAGUCCGAUGAAGAACACUGAACUUUCAGCUUUCUUCUCAAAGGAUUAGAUUGCCAGAUUUUGUAUGUACUUAAGCAUGGCUGAACAAAAUUUAAAUAACAAGUGGUCUUUAGAGAAUUGUAGUUACAAUAAAAAUUAAAAAACCCAA